AUGGAAACGAUCUUGAAGGCAUAUAGUGUUUGGGAUACGGUUGUUUUAAAAGAAGGGGUAGAUGAGAAAAAGGCGCAUACAAUGAAAGCAAUGAUCUUCCAAACGUUACCGGGAGAUAUUCUAAUGCAAGUUGCGCAAUACAAAAGUGCAAAAGAAGUUUGGGAUGCAAUCAAAGUACGAUAUCUUGGAGCCGAUAUGGUUCAGAAAGCGCGUCUGCAAACUUUGAGAAGUGAAUUAGAAGCCUUAAAGAUGGGAGAAAACAAAACAAUAAGGAGUUUCGCAAUGGGUAGGAUUACAGCAUUUGAAGAACGCCUGAAGAGCCAAAACGAACCGGAGAACAAUAAUCUGUUAAUUGCAACUUCAGACAACCAUUCCGGAAAUAGGCAUCAUGGAAAAGGAUGCGGCGAUCAAAAUCAUGGUAGAGGACGUAGAGGAAGUUCGUUUAGAGGAGGAAAAGGACGUGGACGAAAUAUAGAUCGAGGAAAUAGAGACAAGAGUGAGUUAAAGUGUUGUGAAUGCAGUGAAUUCGGUCACUUCGCAUACGAGUGUAGCAAGCAAAAAGAUAAGGAAAAAGAGAAGGACGAAGAGGCUCAUCUUGCGUUGGAAGAAGAACCAAUGCUACUACAAGUCAAGCAAGUUGAAGACCUAUAA